AUGGGGUCGUGCCGUUAACGAUAGUGUACGCAAAUUUUUACAAUUUCAACUCACAGUUAAUAUUACAGCAGUUAUAAUAUCUUUCACUAGUGCAGUAUUAAGUGAUGAUAAUGAAUCCAUAUUAACAGCUGUACAGCUACUUUGGGUUAAUCUUAUUAUGGACACGUUGGCAGCACUUGCUUUGGCCACCGAGUCUCCGACCGACGAACUUUUAUCUCGUUUACCUACUUUAAAGAGUGCGUCAUUAAUUAAUUAUCGUAUGUGGAAAAUGAUUAUUGGACAAGCAAUUUUCCAAGUGGCCACUAGUUUGACCUUGUUGUAUAUUGGACCAAAGAUUUUUCAUCUUAACGUUGAUGAUCCUUAUGAGGAAACCGUAUUUCGUACCUUGAUUUUCAAUGCCUUUGUCUUUCUUCAAAUCUUCAAUGAGAUCAAUUGUCGACGUAUUGAUGAUAAUUUAAAUGUUUUUGCCAACAUUUUUCAAAAUUAUACAUUCAUAAUUGUUCAGAUUUUUAUUAUACUUGGACAAUUUGUUAUCGUUCAAUAUGGAGGUGUUGCCUUUGGAACAACAAAGCUCACUUGGUAUUAUUGGCUUGUGACUGUUUUAAUUGGAUCUCUUUCCUUACCCGUUGGUGUGAUUAUUAGACUUUUUCCUAAUACUUGUGUACCAGAUCAUAUUCUUAACGAAUAUUACAGACCAAAAGUCACUAAAGAGAAGAUGUUAUGGGAACAGGCAAUUCAUGAUGUAAGAUCUCAACUUAGAGUAUUUG